UGGGACUGCUAGGUCAGGUACAAGGGAAGGAACUUCAAGGAAGCAUCUAACUAGUUAGUCAACGAACUUAUCGAUAAGUACAAUACGACCAGUCAACUGUAGAGUUUAUGAAGUUUAUGCAUGCAACAAGCAAAUACACUCAACACUAAAAUUUCGAUUUCACGAACAAUUUUCUUUCGAUCUUACCCAAGCCAUGCGAAACACUGCCGCCAGAGCGCUCCUACGGCAAGGCCUUACUAUUCCUGAGCUUGGGAGGGUCAGUCACGAUGUAAUCCGACCAGCCUUCAAUGCGAUCAACGCUAAAAGGCCACAAUGUCUUCGCCAACGAGGCCCCGAAAUCUCAUCCCCUCGUCUUCCCCUAGACAACUUGAGGGCUUUCCACACCACCACCGCCGCAUACAAGAGUAAACCGGGGAAAGCCAAAGACACGAAGUCGAAGAAAAAUAAUAAUUCCAGCAACGGUGCUGCUGCCACCACCGAGACCGAGAACAGCCACGACGACGACGACGACCCCAACGGUCCAAAACACCCGCCCGCGAACCCCGAAAACCCACUCGACUUCGCAGACGUGCUGUCGCGCAUGCGUCGGCACGACGAGUACUUCCGCGGGGCUUUGAAGAAGCUGAAAACCGGCGGGCGCUUCAACCCCGACAUCCUCGGGACCCUGCGCGUGCAGCCCGACCGCAAGAACAGCGCCGUGACCUACCCCUUGCGGGAGCUGGCGCAGGUGAGCUCCCAGGGAGGCCGCAUCGUGUCGGUGCUGGCGCACGAGGAGGCGUACGUGAAGCCGAUCCUGAGCGCGGUGCAGGCGAGCCCGGACUUCAACCAGCAGCCGCAGCGGGUGCCGGACAACGAGCUGGAGCUGCUGCUGCGCAUCGAGCCCGAGAGCCGCGAGGACCUGCUGCGCCGCGUCAAGGCCACCUGCAACGACUGGCGCGACCGCGCCCGCGCCACCCGCCGCUGGCGCGAGAAGCACCACGCCAACUGGCGCAAGGACGGCGGCAUGGGCCCCGACCUCAAGCGCGCUGCGGAGAAGGAGCUCGACAAGGUUGUCAAGGCGAAGAUGGUCGAGAUCGAUGAUGCCGAGAAGGAGGCGCUGAAGGCGGCGGAGAGUAAGUAGAAUGGUUAGAGGGAUAGAUGGCUAGAUCAAGACGGUUGUUGUUGCUUGCCUAGACAAGACAUACCCUAAAAGUUCAAUGUUUGUAGAUGCCUGCAUCUGUACCAUAUACCUAGGUGCAUGGCUAAAUACCACAUGGAAAAAAGUUAUGUAGAAUAUCAAUAGUCCAUUCAAGCGAUCACUUAGGCCCAAUCAACCGAGACGUGUAUGCUGCGAGUGUGUUUUUGUAU